AGAGGGACAUCACACACCAGAGCUCAGUGGAUAAUGAUCAGGAGAAACCCAGAUGGUCUGUAGAACACACUGGAUUGCAGUGCUGACGAGCUCGUGACCAGCCUUACAAACUGAGUUAGAGACAUCCGUAAGCACGAGAGACAUCUGAUCGGCGAGUACCAUGGCAGCACAGAGGAUUCGCUCCAAUACCGCGAGUGCACUUCCCCGGUGUAAAUCGGAAGGGACGUUGAUCGACCUGAGUGAAGGAUUUUCAGAGCUGAAUGUCAAUGAUGUGAAAGUGCCUUCUCCCAGCUUGUUGCGACUGGAGAAAUCAACAUCUUUCGGGGAUGCCCGUGAGGUUAUCGCUAUCAAGGACUAUUGCCCGACAAACUUCACCACGCUGCGGUUCAACAAGGGCGACCAUCUGUACGUGUUGGACACGUCCGGUGCCGAGUGGUGGUACGCGCACAACAACACUGAGAUGGGUUACAUCCCGGCCUCGUACGUGCAGCCGGUGCGAGCCCGGAGCUCCUCGCUGUGCGACAGUGGCAUGGUGGACAAUAUUGGCGACAGCUCAGAUGAAGGUGCCAAAGAGAUGGAUCUUCUGGGAGAUUUGGGCGACCUUUUCGGGAGAGAGCCCGCCAAGUCCCGGCACAACAACCCCUUUUUGAAUGGCGCCGCGUCCUCCAACCCUUUCCUGACUGGCAGUGUCCACACACCUGGCCUGACUGUCCAGCAGGCAUCCAGAGCCGACGUGGACCUUCUCCUCUUUGACUCUGUGACCCCUUUGGCUUUCGCUGCACCCAGCGCCUCGGCCAAUCACGUAAGCGAUGAUCUCUUUGAUGAAGCGACACCGGUGGCCACGAAAGCUGAACCCAACCCACUGCUGAGUCGCAACAACCCAUUCUUCAGGAGCAAGCGGUCCUACAGCAUGUCCGAGCUCUCUGUCCUGCAAGCCAAGAGCGAUGGACCUUCCUCGUCGUCUGGCUUCUUCACGGGCAUGAAAUCCCCGGACCCCGAGCAGUUUAAGAGCCGCGAGGACUUCCGAAUGGCCUGGCUGAGCCACAGGAAGCUGGCCCGCUCGUGCCACGACUUGAACUCACUCGGGCAAAGCCCCGGCUGGGGUCAGACACAGCCGGUGGAGACCAACAUCGUGUGUAAGCUGGACAGCGAUGGUGGGGCAGUUCAGCUUCCAGACACGAGCAUCAGCAUUCACGUGCCGGAGGGACACAUCUGCCCGGGGCAGACACAGCAGAUUUCCUUGAAAGCCUUGCUGGACCCCCCACUGGAACUGAACAAUGACAAGUGCACUACCGCCAGCCCCGUGGUGGAGAUCAAGCUGAGCAACAUGGAAGUUAGAACUUUCCUCACCCUGGAGAUGAAGAUAUUCGCCGAGUUGAAAGAGGAAGCUGCAAGCAGGGGUGAGGCUGAGAUAACCUGUCUCUACAGUGAAGCCAAGGAUGGGCCCUUCUUGCCCAUGACUCAGGUCUAUCACUACGGGGAAACGGUGCAGGUGCAGCUGGACAAUUUGGAGCCUUGCAUGUACGUGGCGGCGGUUUGCCAGGCCAAGAAGCUCCAGUACCCCGCCACCGUGUGGGACUUUAUUCACAAAAACAUCACCAUGGGUGUGUACGGGCCGAAGCACAUCCAUCCCUCGUUCAAGACAGUUGUGGCGGUCUUUGGGCACGACAGCGUGCCCAAGUCUCUGUUGGUCAGCGAGGUAGGCAGGGAGGUUCUAAACGUGCCCCCGGUGCCACUGCAGCUGUGGGGGAAGCACCAGUUUGUGCUGUCGAAGCCACAGGACUUGAGGAUUGGCCUCUACCCCAACAUCUCCAACUACCAGGUCAAGCCAUCCGAACAGGUCAAGGUGGUGCGUGGCUUCCAGGUCAAACUGGGCAAAGUCAGCCGGCUGGUCUUUCCCGUCCAUUCCCGGGAUCCGGAGGAGCUGUCCGACUUCAUGCUGAGGGUCCAGGUCAAGGACGAGCAGGAGGGCAUGUUGAGCCAGUUUUGUGUGCGGACCCCUCAGCCGCCUCCCAAGCCGGGACCCAAGAACCCGGGGCAGCGUCGCUUCCUGAAGAAAAAAGAAGCCAGCAAGAUUGUGCUCUCACCCUUGGCCGCGAUGAGCAGGUAUCCCGUCUUCCAGGACCGCCCUGUAAACAACCUCAAGUACGGCAAAUUGCUGAAGACCGUGGUGAGGCAGCACAAGAACUACUACCUACUGGAGUAUAAGAAGGGAGAUGUGAUCGCCUUGUUGAGCGAAGAGAGAAUUAAGCUGAAAGGACAGCUGCGGACCAAAGAGUGGUACACGGGGUACUACCAGGGUAAGCUGGGGCUCGUACACACCAAGAACGUGCUGGUGGUCAGCAAAAUCAAGCCCAGCUUCUUCUCAGGGCCAGACCUCACCACCGGCAUUCUCUUGGAGCAGAUCCUCAGACCGUCCAAGUUCCUGACGUACAUCUACGCCUCAGUCAGGCUGACUCUGAUGGAGAACAUCAGCAGCUGGAGAGCCUUCGCGGAUGCCCUGGGCUACAAAAACGUGGCACUGGCGCACUUCUGCCGUGCUGAGACAGACAGUGAGCCCGAGCGGGUGGCAUCCGUGCUUGAGAAGCUCAAAGAGGACUGCAACGGCAGCGAGAACAAGGAGAAGAAAUCUUUCCAGAAGGAGCUGAUGACUGCCUUGUUGAAGCUGGAUUGCCAGGGGCUGGUGGCCAGGCUCAUUCAGGACUUUGUUCUGCUCACCAGCGCUGUGGAGGUGGCUGCGCGAUGGAGGGAGCUGGCUGAGAAACUAGCCAAAGUCUCCAAGCAACAGCUAGACGCUUAUGAAGCUCCUCACAGGGACAAGAGCGGCCUUAUUGAAACGGAGGCGAUGUGGAAACCAGCCUACGACUUUCUGCUGACGUGGAGUGGGCAGAUCGGUGAGAGCUACCGAGACGUGACCCAGGAGUUGCACUUGGGGCUGGAUAAAAUGAAGCAUCCCAUCACCAAGCGCUGGAAACACUUAACAGGCACUCUCAUCCUGGUGCACUCGCUGGACAUUCUGCGGUCUGCUGCCUUUAGCCCCUCUGACAACGAUGAUGCUGCCAUUUAAUGGGCCGGGACUUUGCUCAGGGGAAGGAUUUGCUGGACAGAUCCUGUGAGUGGAGUUGGCAACGGUUCGCUCUCUCCUCAUCGAUGUCCCAGUCACCCCUGCUCACGUCACACAGCCUCCCAUUAGUGCUGACUCUUUGGGGAGGGGGGAAAGGGGGGGAUCAAUCCAGACAAACUCAGCGGCUUUAUGGCACCAUCUGGACCUAUGACACCAGGGCAGGCAGACGAAUGUCUAGCCGCUCACUCACCCACCACCACUUUGAUAUAAAUCGGUGCCUGAUAAUGUUGGCUGACUUUGCUGGGAGUUCAGCUGUCGUUUGUUUGCACAUCUUAAAGUCAAUCCAAUUUAUAUAGGGUGGGGGUGAGGGGGGGAUUUUUCGCUCAAUGAAUUAUCGAAGAAAUUAAAACAAAAAGGUUCAACACUU